GAGCGUCAUGCAUUCGAGCAUCCGUUUCGGGGAUUUCUAUUGAUAUUAAAUCGUUUCUCAAUAUCGCAACCGCGACUAUACUUGUUCCAAAUACCGCCGUCACGAAUAAACAUCUCUCAAUUUCCUAUUAAGUGGCGUAAGUGUGCUGCUGGGCAAACUGUGUACCUCACUGAUAGGAUAUACACUUCUGGCUCUCGGGGUUCAGUCGAUAUCCAUACCCCAUGGACCCAACCUCCCGCCUCCAUGCCCGUCUCGCUCAAAUCCCGUCCGACCCCAGCGAUCCCGAGACUCUGGCUGACCUCCUCGUCUGCGCCUUCGGAGCCUUUGAACGAUCUAUCUCUGCUGGCGGACGACUGGCGGAGAGUAUAGGCAAGAUACGGGUUAUCUCAGUUGUACAUACACUUGGAUUCGCAGAACAUGACUGUAUAUUUGUAUGUGAAGUGCUUCGCCGAAAUAACUGACCGGAAGGUAGAUGCAUACGAUCUCCCACCCCUUCUCCACGCCUGGCUAUUCCCACCUGACGGGACGACGAGAGAUUUUGCCACACUGCAAGUGGUGUUUGGCCGGCGCGAGGAGUACUUCGCCUCGGACAAAGAUGGGAAGGUAGAGUAUAAGGAGCCGGACAUGUCCAAGAACCAGGAUCCUGUGAGGAGAGAAGAGACGCAGGUCGAGACGGAAACCCCGAGUCUACGAAGAGCCAGGACGGUCUCGUUCCGAAGGCCAGUGUCGGAUCAGGAUGCAAAGGCGCUUGAGAAGAGGAUAACCAAGGACGCUGCUUUAGCAAGGCGCCCUCAGUCGGUUGCGGAGGCAUGUUGGAGCCCGACAGGCCCACCAAUCCAACAAACAACACCCGAUCCCAAGUCCUCCACUCCAAUAUCGUUAUCACCAAAGCUCCCCCUCCAAACCCGACCCAAAAGCAUGUCAUUCUCCAAACUGACCGUCAUCUCCAACAACUCCAGUCCUUCUUUCGCACCAACGACUCCAAAACGCCUUAUCCGCAGACCAACACGACCCCUGAGCGUAUCCGUCACUCCAUGCUCUCUUCCUCCAGCCCUCUACCAAUACACCACUGCCCCUGCUGCCGACACAAAACCGCCCUAUCCCCCUCCCCACCACACACCUACAUCUCCACCAGCACCCAGACAUCUCCCAUACCGUCCCCACUGCGCCUCAACACAGCCACGUCCACUGCAUUCACAGACCCCAACAUCGCCAGCGCAACCACGACGCGAGUCGUCACCCCACUUUACGACGACGCAGACUCAACUUUUCCCUAUACUUCCGUGCCUCGUCCUCCACCGCCGCUGAAUCCAAUUCCAUACAUGGG